AUGACGGCUAGACGAUAUAUCGAUCGUCGACUCCUGAUCGCCGCCCUCUUGGCUGCACUCCCUCUCUUCAUCUUCCCUAUGGCCUCGCGAAUUCUCCGAUUUUUUAGAUUUUCUUCUCCCAUACCCAAAGACGUUCCGGAUAGUUCUCCGCCCGUAUUUAGAAAUGUUCCAGCACCCGGGGUAGAUGAGUAUUAUCCACUAAACGAUCCCCCAAUUGGAACCCCUUAUUCCUCGGAUGAAUUCCCGCAGAAUAAAGAUAUACCAAAGCUUUUUACGCCCUACAAGAUCCGGGAUGUUGAGUUUAAAAAUCGCAUCUGGGUUAGUCCAAUGUGCCAGUAUUCAGCAGUUGAUGGUCAUAUGACAGAUUGGCACUUGGUCCAUAUAGGCGGAUUCGCAGCGCGAGGAGCUGGGUCGAUUAUGCUCGAAGCAACCGCUGUAACCCCCGAGGGCCGAAUCACGCCAGAGUGUGCAGGAAUAUGGUCCGACACACAUAUUGCUCCUAUCAAACGGAUUGUAGACUUUGCGCACGGGCAAGGGACGACUGUUGGAAUUCAGCUGGCACACGCGGGCCGCAAGGCAAGUACGCUGGCACCAUGGGUCCAGGAUCGUCGACACAAGGCCGGAGGUGAGGGAUCUAAGAGUACUGUUGCAAGGGAGGUCGAGGGUGGAUGGCCAGCCAAUGUGGUCGGUCCCAGUGACAUUCCAUUUGCGGAUGCCUACCCAAUUCCUAAAGCACUCGGUGUUGAAGAAAUCAAAGAUAUCAUACAGGCCUAUGUGGAUGCGGUGGAACGUUGCAAGAAGAUCGGAUUCGAUUUUAUCGAAAUACAUGGUGCACAUGGUUACCUCAUUCAUUCGUUCUACUCCCCGAUCUCCAACAAACGGACUGAUGACUACGGUGGCUCUUUACCCAACCGUCUUCGCCUUGCACUAGAGAUAACCCGUGCCAUCCGCAAGGUGUGGGAUAAGCCCUUGCUGUUCCGACUUUCCGCCACGGACUGGGCAAAGGAAGAGAAGGACGAGAACGGAGAGUGGGUUAGCUGGGGCAUCCAGCAAAGUAUCGAGCUGAGCAAAUUGUUGAGCAAAGAAGGUGUCGAUUUGAUUGAUGUAAGCAGUGGUGGGAACUACGUUGGACAACAGAUCCCGAUCGGGCCAGGGUACCAGGUGCCAUUUGCAAAACAGAUCAAAGAGGUCAUUCCGAACCUCGCUAUCGGUGCCGUAGGUCUCAUCACAGACCCUCGUCAAUCAGCAGAGAUUUUGCAGUCCGGCUCUGCCGAUGUGUUGUUUUAUGCGCGGGAGUUGCUGAGGCAUGCGGACUUCCCGUUGUUCGCCGCUCAAGAGCUCGGUGUUGCUGUGAAGCCUGCUGGACAGUAUGAGAGGGCGUGGAGCAGAAUGUUGACUCCCAAGUGA